CUUUAACUGUGGCAGGCGGAGUGAAGGGCACCUCCAUGGACCCUCCGGUACCUGAAGCCCUUGAGUCUGGGCCCUGCUCCAAGCCCAAACAGAACCAAAGAGAGGCUCCAGACACAGAUGCAGAGGAUGAUGUCCAAAUUCAGGCCAAGAGUGCAGAGGAGGAAGAGGAGGAGGAGGAUGAUGAAGGAGGAAAGUCCGAGAUGGAGAACCAGGAGCGUUCUCCUGCAGACUGGAUAGAGGAGCGGUUCCGCAUUGACAGGAAGAAACUAGAGACCAUGCUUUAUGGCCCUGCAGAAGGGACCAACCUGACCGGAGAGGAGUUCUUUGAGAAGAUAAUGAGGGAAACUAACACUCAGGUGAAAUGGCCGUCGAAGCUGAAGAUUGGAGCAAAGUCGAAGAAAGAUCCUCAUGUAAAAGUGGAAGGAAAGCGAGACGAUGUCCUCGAGGCCAAGCGCAAGAUUCUGGAGCUUUUAGAGACGAAGGUCAAUAAAGUGACUCUAAAGAUGGAUGUAACUCACACUGAACACUCUCACGUGAUUGGUAAAGGAGGUGGGAACAUUAAGAAGGUCAUGGAGGACACGUCCUGUCACAUCCACUUCCCUGACUCUAAUCGGCACAGUGCGACCGGAGAGAAAAGCAACCAGGUGUCCAUUGCCGGACCUGUGCAGGGGGUGGAGUCUGCUAGAAGAUACAUAAGAGACUUGCAGCCUCUGGUGUUGACCUUUGACCUGCCACUGACCCUGGUGGGUGGAGUUGUCACAGACGCAGGGUCUCCGCUGAUUCAGCAUGUAGCCCAGGCGUUUGGAGUGAGUGUAACGUUCAGGACCCAGCCCAAACUCUACUGCUCCACCUGUGUGGUCCGAGGCCUGCAGGGGAAUUGCUCUGCUUUGAAGAAGGCCACCGGCGUCCUCAUGGAGCUCCUUUUGGGCCGAGAGGCUGCAGCAGUUGCCGGGGUAACUGGGGUCAUGGUCAGUACUCAGCUGGACGUGACUUCUCAGCAGCAUCUCUUCCUGCUCGGCCAGAAUGGAGCCAACUUCCUCAGUGUGAUGCACCAAACACAGACACAGAUUGUCCUGCCUGACCUCACUGCCCCACAGCACACACCGUCUCUGCUCAUCCAGGGCACAGCUGAUGGUGUCUGUCUCGCAAGACAACAGCUCAUGGACUGCCUGCCUGUGUGUCUGAUGUUUGAAAUGAAAGAGGAAGGCGAGUCAGACCCUCGGAAACUCGCUCAGAUGAUGCAAAGUCUGGGAGUCUUCAUCAGUGUUAAGCCAAAGGCCAAACAGACUGCUAAGUCAGUGGUGGUGAAGGGGUUGGAGAGAAACAUAGCGAGUCUAUAUGAAGCCAGACGUCUCCUGCUGAGCCUGGAAUCCUGCGAAGUGUCAAUGACUGCUAAAAACUCUUGUGAGGUCUCCACGGCAACCAAGUCCUCCCUGGACCCUCUGCUGGUAAACAGCAGCAUUACAGGCUACUGGUUCAAUAUGCUAAUGCAACAGCUUCAACUCACCGAGACAGCCGCUCUCUCCACACCGGAUUCAGUGCCUAGUACUGUCCCAGUGAAGCCACGCCCCUCUCCCCCACCUGGAUUGGCUGGUCCUGCAGAUGAAGGACGAACGGGAAUGAGGGGAACAGACACUAAGCUAGAGAAGAUUCCAGAGAGUGAGGACCAGUUAACAAAUGCAGAGUGUAAACAUUCAGAAUUACAGGAGCAAGAGAUCACUGAGGUCAAGGAGGUCACUGUCAAGCCUGCAGGAUCAAUCAGGAGAAACAGCCAAUCAGAGGCCAUCAGAGACCAAAUUCAAGAACAACUGCGCAAGCCAAUGACCUCACAGAGCUCUCCAAGGCCCAUGAGGAUGGAGGUAGAUGGUGUAUAUAUUAACAGGGACAGACGCUGCAGUCUUAGAAUCUUUCCCUGUCUGGACUCGAGCUCAAGUAACGAGGACCACGACUACGAGAGGAAGAAGCUUCUCGCAACUCAAGCCAUGCAGAAAAAGCCAGUCGUGACAGAGGUGCGGACCCCCACUGACACCUGGAGUGGUCUGGGUUUCUCCAAGUCGAUGCCUGCUGAGGCAAUGAAGGAGCUCCGCAGUGUCAGUCGCCGCUGCUAUCGAUCCUACCUCAAUAAUCAACAGUCAUGGGGCUCUCAGAAUGGUAAAGAGAGAGUUACUGGUAAUGGAAGUGACUCGGAAAACUGGAGAGAGAGACGAGGGUCUGCAUCAUCGUUGUCUGUGUCAUCCUCCUCUUCGUCUUCACCUAUAUCUUGCUCCUCAUCCUCUUUAUCAGCCAUGGCUGCAUUCAGCUCCUCAAAAGCAUCUGAGGGAUAUCUGAAAAGCAGCAGCUACUUUGAAGGUGUGUCCAGGCCCUUGAUUGGCAGACCUCCAAGCCCCUCCCCUCCACCCAAUGACAAUUUGAUGGAGUUAUUGUUACAACUGGGCCUGGAGAAAUACAAUACAGUGUUUCAGGAUCAAGAGAUUGAUUAUCAGACCUUCCUCACUCUCUCUGAAGAAGACCUGAAGGAAGUGGGUGUGUCCACAUUUGGGGCCAGGAGGAAGAUGCUGCUGGCUAUUUCUGGAUCACCUCAUUUAUAUGACAUGUACGUCAGUUGCAAGUCUUCUAAAUUCGAUCUAAAUAAAAGUAAGAUGAAACCCCCUGAAGCCCCUUUGGUUAAGUCUGGCUAUCUUGAGGGUGGGGCUAGUGGCCGUCUUCCACGAAUUAUGGACGAAGAUGCAGCUGCCAAAAGUAACCGCUGGUGAAAAGAGACACUGGGUACACUUUCUAGGCUGCAUUAUCUGCAAUAAACUUCUGGCAAAUGGACGUGUCCCUCAGGGUCCAGUAAUAAGACAAAAAGAUUUAAUAAAGGGCUGAGUGUUUCCGUUAAUUACGGAGGACUUAGAGAGCGGACAGAUGUGAUAUGACUCUCAGAGGAAACAUGUAAGGAUAUCUGACCUUCACUGUGGACCAACUAUCUACUACUGCCAACAAUUAAUAUGCAAAACCUUAUCUCUUUCCCUUUUUCAUUCUCUUUGUUUUUUUCUCCCUCUAUGCAAACCUCUCUGUGCAGAGCCAUGACAUGCUGCACAAACGUGAGAUUUAUAUUGUGAAAAUUAUUAAACAUUUCAGAUAAA